AUGAACUGUCAGUUGGACAAAAAAAAAAAAGAAAAAGGAAACGAGUUUUCUGUUUAGUUUUACCCUUUUACCCGAGACAUUUGUGGCAUUUGUUUUAAACGCGCCUGCACCUGCACCUGCUGUUGCUCAUGCUCUUGCACCAAAGGCUUGAAGAGAUGCCCCCUUUUUAAAAUUCCACUCACAUAAAAGAUAAAACAAAAAGAAAUACACAGAAAAACUUGUCAGACAAUUCUAACAAAGGGACAGAAGCAACAGCAGCAGGGCGAACUCAGCGAAGCGCUGUGGUCGGGGGUUGGCCGAUGACCAUCACAAGCGAGGAAUUACAAUUACAGCACAUAUGAAAAACCCCUUCAAAGUAUCCAAAACUGUACCCAGUAUUCUUGGUCGCCGCAUACCAGUAUUUACCGAGAGCCAGAGAAACAGCCAGCGCACGAGAGCGUGCGAUCGAGAUCGAGAGCAAUAUCAUGGAGUUUUUGUUUUUUGAAUUCGUUUGGGGAGUUUUACUCGGUUCCUCUUUGGGGCCGAUCGACGAACGUUUUCAGUCUGCUGCGCGCCUCGCAAGACUACAAAACUCUUUCGGUUCGGCAAGAAAACAAAACCAAACAACAUUUUACUGCCUACUGGCCCAUUGUUGCGCGUGCGUGUUUUUUAGCUUGUGCUUUUCGCCGUGGUGUGCCUUCUUGUUGGUGUCCCUCGUGUCCAUUGUCCAUUUUUUGCCGUUUCUGGCACUGCCCCCGCGUUUGAGUUUUGCAGGCUUUUGUUGUGCUGUCUCUGCUGUUAUCAUGUCUUGAGGAUCGGGGGCAGUUUGCGUGCCUGUGCUUUGUGCCAGGCUAUGGCUAUGGCCAUGGCUACCUUAUAAACGGCAGCCAGCCCAAAGAAAGCAACGAGUUUUCAUAUGUGUGUUUUGUUUUUGUGUGAAAAUUGCAAAAUCAGCAGCAGCAGCAGCAGUAGCAGUAGCCACAUCGAUUGCAGAAAAUGUGCAUCAAUUAUUUUAAAUGGUCAUAUCCCACAAAUAUGCCCAUUCUUGUGCCCCAUUCGACGCCCUCAACCCCCUCGACCAUCCAAUGCGCCGCUGCGUCAGUGCGACACUUUCAGUAAAAAUGUCAGUGCAAUUAAAUAUCCCAUCGUGUUAAUCGAAAAUAUUUUGUUUAAAAAUUUUUGCCGCUUUGGCUGCAAUUUUUCAUAUACUACAUAUGUGUUUGAAUAAAUCUCAACCGUGUAUAUAUAUAUAUAUAUAUAUAUAUUGAUACAAUUAAGUUUUUAUGGGCUCUGGAACCAGUUUAUUUAGUGCUACAAAUCGACAGGCACUCCACAUAAAAAUCUAAAAAAAAAAAAAAACAAAGAGUGGAAAAAAAACGCCUAAGCUCAAAUUGUUGAUUUAUGUCGACGAUUAAACAGAAACAAGCGACAAAAUAUCACAGAAAACGAGGAAAAAUAAUGAAAUAAAACCAAGCCAAAAAGGCUGACCAGGCAAAUUAAUAAGAAAAUCGCAUUAAAAAAAGGAUUUGAACAUGGAUAACACAAAUCAAAUGCAUGUGGAACUCGAAAGACCCAUCAGCCGGACACCUUUGACGCAGAUUUCCUAUCUACAGAAGAUACCCACAUUGCCCAGGCAUUUUGCGCCCAAUAGCCAAGGAUUGCCAUCAGCAGCAGCAGCAGCACCUCCACCCACCUCGGCAUUGGGAGGUAGUUUGGGCUUGCCCAGCAGCUCUUCGGCUAGUGCUUUGUAUGGCGGUGGACAACAUGCGGGAUUGUUACCAACCUCUCCGUUGCCCCUGCAAAGGCAUCAGCAAUAUCUGCCUCCACAUCAUCAGCAAUUGCCCCCAGUUGCUGGAAUGGGUGUGGUGGGUGUGGGACCUGGACCUGGACUUGGACAAGGAGCUCCCUCACAGUAUUCACCCAAGUAUUCCAAUACGCAGCCACAGCAUGGACCUCAUCAGUUAUCGCCAGCGCUAUCAACACCGUCGCCACCAUCCUUAAUGAUGCAUCCACAUCAUCCUCCACAUCAUUCGCAUUCGCAUCCGCAUCCGCAUCAUCCUCAUCCAGGUGGAACAUCGGCACAUGCUGCACCAUUUCUAGCCGGCCCACAUAUGGAUAUGCAACGGCAAUCGCAUUCGGAUGAUGACAGUGGUUGUGCCCUGGAAGAAUACACCUGGGUACCGCCUGGCCUGAGACCUGAUCAGGUUCGUUUGUAUUUCUCGCAAAUACCCGACGACAAAGUGCCAUACGUCAACAGUCCAGGCGAACAGUAUCGUGUGCGACAAUUGCUGCAUCAACUUCCGCCGCAUGAUAACGAGGUUCGUUACUGUCACUCACUGACGGAUGAGGAGCGCAAGGAGUUGCGUCUAUUCUCGACGCAACGCAAACGUGAUGCACUUGGACGCGGCAAUGUGCGACAGCUGAUGAGCGCUAGACCAUGCGAUGGUUGCGACGAACUAAUCUCUACGGGCGAUAUUGCGGUAUUUGCCACGCGACUGGGUCCAAAUGCUAGUUGGCAUCCAGCAUGUUUUACAUGCUGCAUUUGCCGUGAGCUGCUGGUGGAUCUCAUAUACUUUCAUCGCGAUGGUCGCAUGUACUGCGGCCGGCAUCAUGCCGAGACCCUUAAGCCGCGUUGUUCCGCCUGCGAUGAGAUUAUCCUGGCUGAUGAGUGUACUGAGGCUGAAGGACGUGCCUGGCAUAUGAAUCACUUUGCAUGCCACGAGUGCGACAAACAGUUGGGCGGCCAGCGGUAUAUUAUGCGCGAGGGGAAACCCUAUUGCCUGCACUGUUUCGAUGCAAUGUUUGCCGAAUACUGUGACUAUUGUGGCGAGGCCAUUGGCGUGGAUCAGGGUCAAAUGAGCCAUGAUGGCCAGCAUUGGCAUGCGACCGAUGAGUGUUUCUCGUGCAACACCUGUCGCUGUUCGCUCUUGGGUCGCGCCUUCCUGCCCCGUCGCGGGGCCAUCUACUGUUCCAUUGCCUGUAGCAAAGGAGAGCCGCCAACGCCAUCGGAUAGCUCGGGCACGGGAAUGUACACGACACCGACACCACCCACGCAAAGAGUGCGUCCGCAGACGCGUAUACCGAGCAGUCAUGCCUCCAGCUCACCGCCGAUGUCGCCGCAACAGCAACAACAACAUCAGGCCAGCUUCAAUCAGGCCAUGUACCAGCUGCAGAGCCAACAAAUGGAGGCAGCAGCAGCAGCUGGAGGCGGCAGUCUGUUGGGCCUGGGUGGCGAACUAUCCCUGCUGGAGCAGGCAAAGAGUCAAAGCUAUGCCACUUCGGACUCAGAUGCCGGUGUGGUCAAGGAUCUGGAGCAUGGCAGUGGCAGUCAGGUGGGUGGCGGCGAUUUCACAGACUUUUCCGGCGGACGAGCCUCGAGCACUUCACAGAAUUUGUCGCCAUUGAACUCACCCGGCGAGUACCAUACGAAUCUGAUGCCAAAGCCCAUGGAAUUGCAACGUGAUGGCGUCUACAAUUUCAAUGAGAUGUCUUCGAAUCUGGAUGCAGCCUGGCCGGCCAAACCACCACUGGGGGCCACACACAGCUAUCAACUUCAGCGUCAACUGAUGGACAAUACUCACACCUCCAGCAUGCCCGAGCUGGCGGGAAAAGGCAUAAUUGCAGCUCAGGGUCACUUUGGGCAGCAGCCCAUGGUGGCAUCGUCGCAGCAGUUCCAGCAUGAAUAUGCGGAUAUUAUGCAUCCACCACCACCGCCUCUGGGAGGCGGAGGAGGAGGCGGUGAUGUGCCCGAGUUACCUACACCAAAUCUGAGUGUGGCCUCAACUGCUUUGCCACCCGAACUGAUGGGUUCACCCACCCAUUCGGCGGGCGAUAGAUCAUUGAACACUCCCCUCUCUACGCAAUCGGCCAACCAACCGCCCACUCAUCCUGUAUCCAUUUUAAGUGGUGCUUCAUCCUCCUCACCCAUGAACGGUGAGCCGAGCAAAAAGAAGGGAGUGCGUUUUGAGGGCAUACCCGAUACGCUGCCACGUUCCCGCAGCUACUCUGGCAAUGGAGCUGGCACAAGUAGUGGAGGAGGCGAACGAGAGAGAGAGAGAGAUAAAGAUUCCCGACAUGGACAUGGUCAUGGAUCGCGUAGACGGCGGCGGCGCAAGUCUUCUUCCUCCACCAGCGGCGGACAUCAUCGAAGUGGCAGCGGCCAUCGUUCCCAUUCGACAACGCGUGCCGAUACUUAUGCACCCGCCCAACCAUUGUCCUCCUCGUAUCAAGGUCCACCUUCCAUACUGCAAGCAGAUCAAGAGGCUCACAAAUCGCCAAGACAUCACUCGUCGCUCCAUCAGCAGCAACAGCAGCAGCCGCCACAGCGCGAACAGCGGGAGGAAUCCGAUGAAUCGGAUGUGUGUUCCACCUGCUCGUCUAGUUCAUCCAGUUCCGAGGACUACAUGAUGAUGUACCAACUGCCACAGCGUCGUCAUUAUGGCGGUGUUCGUGUCAGUUAUGUGCCCAAUGAUGCUCUGGCCUACGAUCGGAAGAGGAAACCCUCCGAGCUGGCUGGCGACAAGGAUAAAAACUGCAUCAUAUCGUGAUGAUGGAAAGCAAUAAAGUUCAACUUGUUAAGCAAAUUAUAACAAUAAGAGCCAACCUCUCUCUCGAGGGUGGCUCACACACACACACACUGUUCCAAAUCUACAUAAAAAAAGAAAAUCUAAAAAAUCGUAAAGUAAAUAAUUAAUAUCAUAUACAUAUAUAUUUUAUAAAAGUAACUUACAAAAUAAACAAAUAGAAAUAACUAUAUUUAUA